AAAAAAAAAUUUUUUUUUUUUAUAUAAAUCUACCAAAUCUUUUUUAAAACAACACUUUAUUAAUUAUUUACCCUCCUUUUCUUCCAUCGAAUCCUUUCCAACCCGUUACUUUCCUAAAAUCUUUUUCUUACGUAAUGUCUAACGACCUCGCUAAAUUAAUAAAUGGUCCAACAGAUGAAACAAUCGUGUCGAAAGUAGGCGAUCAAAAUAAUAGGUCUCCAACAAAAUCCCGAAAUCCUAAAACUCAUAAAUGCCAAGAUUGCACUCGUGAAUUCAACAGACUGGAACAUUUAAACCGACAUAUCCGAACUCACACUGGAGAAAAACCCCAUAAAUGUACUUGGAACGGAUGUUCCAAAAGAUUCUCCAGAUCCGACGAAUUGACGAGACAUAAAAGAACUCAUGAUAAAGCGUUUAAGAAGAGAGAUCACCGAAAUAAAAAGAUGAUUGCUGUUUCUUUUAAAAAUUUGACAACUCUUUAUAUCCAUGAUCAAGUUCAAAAUGAAGGAAAUAAUUCAUCAUCCCCAUCGUCUCGUACAAUUGCAACAUAUAUUUUUACCGAUUCUACAACUUCACAUCCUAAUUCUUCAUGGCAAAAACCUUUUAAUUGUCCAAUUAAUGGAUGUACGAAGAGCUUCACUCGACAUGGACAUUUAUCAAGACAUGUACAGUCUUGUCAAUCAAAACGUAAUCGUAAAGAAAAUGAGAAACCUGUUCACCCUCCAAGUCCUGUUACAUCUUGUAUUAACUAAUUUUUUUCGGUAUUUAAUAUUUCAAAAUAUGAAAUACUAUUUAUUGUAUAACACAAUGCAUAAUAAAGAAAGUUACUAUUUUAUUUAAUGUAUCAGGUAUCUGAAAUGUUACUUUCUAAAUGAACCGCAAUUUAAUUUGUAUAAAAGAAAAUUGUAUUAUUUCGUACGCGGUCAUUUCUUAUCUCUUUUCUCCGUGUUUGGAUGAUACCUCCCAUUUGUUUAUUAUUUUUUUUUUUUCUAAUAGUAUCUUUAUUCCUUAUAUAUGUUGAAAAACUCAUGGGUGUCAUCCUGCUGGUAUUGAAUGUAACCCUAAUAGCAAUAACACAAUUAGUUCGACGGUUGUUAGUCCUUCGAAUGAUUUGCCUGUAGAAGCUCACUGACAGAAACAGCGGUUGUAGUUAUUUAAAGAAUCCUAAGUU